AUCCGGAAAUAACUCGUGACUUUUGUUUCGCUGUAGCCGCUUCAGCGCUGCUUGGUGUUUUUAGCCAUGGGGUCUUGAGGAUAAACGGCGCUUUGCCGGACAUCAAACACCAACGUUUCCCUGAACACCAUCCGAACACCGAGCACACGCACUGACCACCGAAACACGAGAUGUGGCGAGUACAAGGACUGCUGGGCAGAGUGUUGAGCCGCUGUCAUGGGAAUGGACCGCUGCGUCUCUCGAACGGUCACCAUGUAGAGGAUGAGGUCAUUAGUUCCUCAACGGUCCUGUCCACCAGCCGCCUCACCUCAGACAGCAGCUCUCAGAGAGGCAAGGAUGGAGAGCAGAAUAAGAAGAAGAAAAGAACAUCACAGUUUUGUUAUGCUGGUCUGGCACGAUAUUCAGCGCUGGAUGCAGUGGGCUGGGGUGCUGCGGCAGUUCUGUUCAUGCAGAUCUGCAGAAGGAUCCACUCUCAGUUCUCCUCUGUGGGCGAGCCGAGCGCAGGACCACCACGCCUCAGAGAGCCUGGCCUCAUCCAUAAAUGCACCUACAGGAUUCUGCUAGACAUACUGUCCAGGCGUGAUGUGUUGCCCAGAGGUGUGAGUGUGAUGUGUCUGAAGGGGGCACUGACGAGCCCAGAUCAGAGUGACAGCAGUGGGGGGAGCAGCAGCGAUAAUGCUGAGCCUGUCCCUGAUCUGCACACCGCACAGGCCUCCUCCCAGCAGAGGGAGACACUCAGCCACAACAGCCAAGAAGAAACCUCCCCCGUUGUGCCGGGAGCAGUGGGUGCUAGCCAUGAGCAGCCACAAGAAAACCACAAAUCACACUCUCUGGACGAGGCUGUGCAGAAUCUGAGAGACGUGGCGGACAACAGCGUACCCAUAAUCCUCAACAUCAUCGGUCUAGAGAGCGCUAAAGCAGGUGAUUAUGAUGCAGCAUUUCAGUGUUUUCUGGCUUCGGCCCAGCAGGACUACGGCAAAGCUCAGUUUAACGUGGGAGUGUGUUACGAGAAGGGUCGUGGAGUCACUAAAGACCUCAAUAAGGCGUUGAAGUAUUACAGACAUGCAGCACUGGCAGGUCACAGACAGGCUCAGUACCGGUGUGCUAAACUCCUCUUGAACAGCAGGGGGCAGCAGAGUGCUACAGACCCAGACACUGCUACUGCUCUCUCUCUGCUGCACAAAGCAGCAGCCGCUGGACUCAUUGAGGCUCAGCUGUACUUGGGAGUGUUAUUCUCUCAGAAUGCAGACGCUGAUGGAGUAAAGUCUGUACAAUACUUCAGAAUGGCAGCAGAUAGUGGAGACAGUACUGGACUGCUGUUUCUGGGUCAGUGCUAUGAAAAAGGGUUUGGGGUUUCACGGUGUUACAGAACUGCAGUGAGUCUGUAUCAGCAGGCAGCAGCAAAAGGAAGCCAGGAGGCCAAGAAAAUGCUCAGAGACUUGCACAACAGGGAGGCCCUGCGCUCUAUCCGUUCUGCUCCUUGUCUCUCCCUUCUGGAUCAGCUGCAUCUGAGUGCCAUGUUUUCCCCAGUGUCGCAAGAGGCGGAGCCUGCCCCAAAGCAUCCUGACUGGCCCACUCAGCCUCUUCCUCAUUCAUGGAGCACCGGAAAUCUGAUAUCCCCACCUGCAUUCUCUGCUCAGACACUGAACACUAAUAGCAAAAGUGGAGGCUGGAUUAUAGGGGUGGGAUAAUACAUACAUACAUACAUACAUACAUACAUACAUACAUAUACAAACUCCAGAAUCACACAAACAUACAGAAGCAGAGCCCAUAUCAUGUUUUUUUUUGUUUUUUAAAUCACCUUGAGAUUCACUUGUCAUGCAGGUGUAAUGCAACAAAAAUGGUCAUAAUUACAUUUGCAUAACCAUUUUCUAAACUCUAUUUCUUCAGAUUCAACAGGCCGUUUUUUUACUGUGUCUUUAAGACUGAUAGAAGAUAAACAAGCUCUGUUCUGUAUUGCGCCUCAUUCAGAAAGCAGUCCGAGCUGAAACUCUCCUUCUAGCUUCAGUGUGAAUGGGCAAGGCUAAACUGCUGUAACCUGAAUAGGAAGAUGUAUAUGUGUAAAUGAGUUGGUUAUUGCAUCAUCACAGAAACAGUUCAUUCAAAAUGAUACAGUUAUAGCAUAGUUUCCAUGUAUGUUCUAGGUAUUAUGUUGGUUGCAUUGUUGUUUUGACACAUGGAAACCAAUGUUUACAUGUUACUUUAAAGCAAAAAAGUCUUUUUUUUUCUGUGAUAUAGGCCCUUUAAAACAAGCACACGCGGUUUCCCAACCCAGAAAAAGGCAGUAUUGAGCAGAACAGUAAAAAAAAAAAAAACUCAUUGGCCAGAAAAGCCUUCACUCCACAUCCUCAAUACGUUUUUGCCAUUGACUUUGACCUACAGAUGUUUGUUAGUGCCACCUUGUGGAUAUAAACUUCAUACAAACACAACCAAAAAUACUCACACAUCCAUAUUUUUGAUUACUGAAAGAUUAUGAGCGCACAAAGACAAAUACACUUUAUCUAUAUCCCUGAUAAUUUGGGUUUGUAAGGAUGGAGCUUUUAUGCGACAGUGGAAUGUUCUCAGCCAAUCAGGGAAAAGCUUGAGAGCUUUGAAUGUAGAGAGACACCUUGAGUGAGAGAGAUUAUCAAGUUUAAUGUUUCUAAGAAUUCAUUUAUCAUUUGUUUUACUUGUAUUAUUUUAAACAUGCACUACGUGGCCGAAUAUAUGUGGACACCUGCUCAUCACACCUGUAUGGGCUAGCAGGACAUCCUAUUUCAAAACCAUGGGCUUUAAUAUGGAGUCCCCCUUUCUUGUUGGAGAGCUAUCCAAAAGAUUUUGGCAUUGAUGUUAGACAACAAGGCCUGACACGCAGUUGAUGUUCCAGUUACUUCCAAAGGUGUUGACUGGAGUUCUCCUCACAAAACUCAUCAAACCAUGUCUUUAUGGACUUUGUGGACUCUAGUCAUGCUAGAACAGAAAUGGCUCUUUCCCAAACUGUUGCCACCAAGAUAGAACCAUAUACCUGUAUAAAAUAUCCUGGUAUGAUGUGGCUUUAACGUUACUCUUCUCUGGAACUAUGGGCCCAAACCCUAAAAACAGCCCCAAAUCAUUAUCCCUCCUCCACCAAACUUUACUGUUAGCACUAUGCAUUCUGGUAGGUAGCGUACUCUGGUUUCACAGUAAUAGCACUUAUAGUUAACCAGGGCAGGUCUAGCAAGGCAUCAAUUUCACUGAUUUGUGGUAAAGGUUGCAUCCUAUGACAGUGCCACGUUUAAAGUCGCUGAGCUCUACAGUAUGACCCAUUGUACUGCCAUUGUUUGUCUCUAUGGAGAUUGCAUGGCUGUGGUUGAUUUUAUACACCUGUUAGCAAUGGGUGUGGAAUGCCAAUCAUUUUCAAAAAUUAAGAGCUCAAUAGUGGAGUGUCCACAUACUUUUGGCCUCAUAGUGUAUAAGGGAAAAGGGAAGCCCUCUGUUGCAUGUAUUAGUAUGCAUGGUGUAAUUUUUGUUCGGAAUUACAGUGUCAGUUUGAGCGUUUUUAUAUGGAAUUAUAUCGUUAGUUUGUGUGUUUUUGUGAAAGAGCGGAGUGUUUUUCUUCAUUUUGCCAGUAGGCCAUUUCAAGGGAACUGCCUUUUGGCCACCUGUUUCUGUACUGGUUUUAACAAGCCCUCGUCCACUUGCCCUUGUGAUUUCCCCAGUGCCAUCCCCAUGUGUGCCGUUCCAUUGCUUUAUUAGCUUAAGUGAAGGGUGUAAGAUGAGCCUUGGGAGGGUGGGGGAGUGAACUCAAGUAUAGAAUUCAGCAGCACAACUUGCCAUGAAAUCACUGUGAUCUGAUGCCUUUUUAAAGCCCAAAAAACAGCAGACAAAGUAGAUGACACGGGGCAUAUGUAUUACUGUACUCUGCUAGGCCGCUUGUAAGCAAGCUGAAGACUACACCGCUCGCAACAACAAAAAGACUAUAUGGCUCACUGAAGGUAACCUAGCUGAGGGUGAGUGUGUUUCAGCUGAACAGUCCAUUUCUCUCUGCCUGCUCCUCCCCUUCUGCUGUGAGUGGCCACUUGUUUAACGUAGUUGUAACAUUGCCUUCAAGUGGUGAGUCAAAGUUGGCGAGGUUGAGAAUAGUAUUGUAUCGGGUAUAGCUCUUGUGUUUAAGAUGCCUGGUUUAAUUUAGACCAGUGUUCCUCCAGCCUGGUCCCUGAGGCCUACUGUCCUGCAUAUAUCUGUGCUUUUCCUGCUUUAACACACCCACUUUAACUCAAUAACGGGGUCUUAAUGAGCUGAUGAAUUUGAUCAUGUGUGUUGGGAGCAGGGAAAACACUAAAAAGUGCCAGGACCAGGACUGACUAAACACUGGUUUAAACUACCGGGUUUUGGCUGAGUAGGCUAUUGUUGUUAAUGGGAGUAAGAUAACAAAUACAUGUGAGUAGCAAAUUGACAUGCUAACUGGUCGCAAUAACUUGCUCUCUUUGAUAGCCCUAUUUAGCUUCUUUGAAUGAUUCCUCUUAUCAGGAAUGAUGUACCAUAUUUUUUACAUUAAUUAAUGCAAUUAGGCUUAUAUAACCACCACACUGUGUCCAUGUGCAUGUGCCAUGCCGGUUUUCCAAAAGAUGCUUGAACCUUAUGUGCCUUUAUGAAACGUGAAAUGCAUAAAUAGUUGCAUUUAGUAAGAAAUUGGCCAAAAGAAGAUGAUGUUGCUGAAAACUGAAACCCUGUGUGCAUUUGUAGCUGUGGGUGGAUAUUUGUCUUCUGUUAUUUCUGUCCGUGAAUGUGAACUUCAAACACUACUGUUUGUUAGACGCACACUAUUUUGCUUAUUUUCAAAUAAACAGACUUUUCUACCAUGA